ACAUUAAUAGGACGAGGAAGUUGAUCGUACUGAUUUCUUAUAUACAUUAAUGAUAUCACAGAUGAACAGAAUCACAGAUGGUAAAGAAAAUUGACGAAAAUGUCAUUGUGAUUGUGAUGGUGACUGAUUGAUUGUCAAUUGCGAAGCUUUAAUAGGAGUGGAUAAAUUCAAUUUGAAUUGAAAGUAAAACCUUCGUCAGGAUAAACUAAAGUUUAACUAUUUAAGUAGAUAUUUAACUACAUCUAUAAAACUACUUUAUAAAUUUAUUACACGGAAGAUGGAAGAAGUAGACUCUAUAAUUUUACAUUUUCUUCGCCAAUUGAACAUAAAAAUAGAUGAUAAAAUUAAGAAUAUAUGUGAGUUACCUGUGGAAACAAUAAUUGCAGCUGCUUCAAAAUGCCUGAUAACUAUAAGUCCAACUAUCAAAAUUCCUAUGAAAUUACCAUCUGGUAUAUCACAUAGGAUAGAAGUUGCAGCUCAAAUAGCAUUAACGUGCAAGGAUUUAGGAUACAAAAAUGAUGUUGGCUACCAAACUUUUCUUUAUCAUAAUGAAGCAGAUCUUAGACAGGUUUUUAUGUUUCUUAUUGAAAGACUGCCAAAUGAAAGCAAUCAAACAACAAGUAAUGUUUUGCCAACCAACAAGAAAUCAACACUUUACAGAGACAUUGGACAUAGGAUUGCUGAAGAAUUGAAUAUUAUGUGGAUUCCACCAUGUUGUAAAUCCCAAACACAAAAAAGAAUUGGAGAUUUUGCUUAUCCAACAGAAUAUUUAACAAAACAAACCAUCCCUGCUAAUCUAACAAAGGAACAAAUUAUAGAAAAGCUUUUGAAAAUUAAAGAUGUUAGUAAUGAAAGUAGGGCAAUCAAAAUACAGCCACCUUCAAAUCCGGAGCAAGACUUAACAAUUAAUCACGCAGUUAAGUCAGAUGUGCAUAUUGAGAUCAAGCAAAGUCUAAAGGAGUUGAAAGAGGCUGCUAUAGUCUUACGGCAAAAAUUGGACAUGCUGGAAAGUGAGCGAAAUGUAAUGGAUGUUGAAUAUUCUCAGGCACAAAAGUCAUGUGAAAGAGUAGAAGCAGAUAUGAAGAAUAUAGAAAAUAUUUUGAGUAGUAUUGGCAUAACAGAAAUCCAUAAUGAAGAUAACAUACAAAAUUUGCUAGAGAGAGUACAUAGCAAUAUUAAUGUACUCCACAGGAAGAGUGAAGAGCUCACAUCGAAAAAUUUGACCCUUAAAGUAGAAAUAGAUAAAGUAAAGAAUAGCAUGGCACUUUCGGAGUCUGAAAGAAACAGGUGCAAAAAAAUUCUUAUAACAUUAAAAAGCAAUGCCAAAGAAAUGAAAGGCGAGUAUGCAAAAAAAGACGAACAGCGGCAUCAAUUAAAACAAAAUUAUGACAAAUUGAAAGGUGGAAAUAAAAGGUCAAUUUAUACAAAAAGGAUCAUGGAAAUUAUAAAUAAUGUAGACAAACAAAACAUGGAAAUUAAGAAAAUAUUGGAUGACACUAGACAACUUCAAAAGGAAAUCAAUACAUUAGAGGGUCAAUUGGAUAGAUGCUUUUCCAUUGCAGAUGAAACAUUAUUCAGAGAUGCCAAGAAAGAUGAUCAAGCAAAGAAAGCCUAUAAAUUACUAGCUUUAUUGCAUUCUGAGUGCAAUACUAUUGUAUCUUUAGUAAAUGAUACUGGUGCAUUAGCAAGAGAUAUUGUAGAUUUAGAGGAUAAUAUAAAAACUGAAAAAGCCAAACACACUGAAGAAACCCUCCAAAAAAUUAAUUCAGACUUAACUAAAAUACAGCAGGAAAUCAAUUAUAUUAAUUAA